AUGACGGCGGUGGCGAAGACGAAGCGAGGCGGGGGCGACUUCAUGUCGUCCCACCGGGUGUCGGUGGUGCUGCCCCGCGCCCUGCGUCUCACGGACCGGCGGGUGCAGGAGGCCAAGGAGCUCUACGCCCCCAGCUGCCUCGAGCAGCAGCACGGAGGAGAGGAGGGCUUGCCCCGGCGCCAAAGCGCGGACGACGCGAAAGUUGAAGAAGCCGACGACGAUGGCUUGCUGGUGCGCCGCGCGGAGCGGAGGGCGGGGAAGAAGGCGCUGGUGCUCAAGGCAAAGCUGGAGAGUGGCUGUUCGUGCCUGGUGGGUCAGGCAGUGCGCAUUAGAGUGAAGGUGAAGAACGGCACCCCCAAGACUGUCUCUGUCGUCAAAGUCUAUUUGGCCGAGCGUGAAACGGAAGGCGGCAAUGUGGUCAAGAGGAAAGGGGUGGUGGAGGAGUACAUGCAGGGCGGAGUGUUCCCCAUGGUGGGCGAGAGCGCAUACACAGGGCACCUGACCUACCUCGCCCCGCCCAACACUCGACCAUCCAACCAAUGGCGCACGCACGACCUGUGGGUGGGGCUGAAGAUCAAGGCGUCGCUGCCAGGCAAGCUGUGGGUCUCGUUCCCGCUGCAGGUCGUGACAGAGGGUCAGCUGCUGGGCGAUGACGACACGGGCGCCCCAUCGGCGCGCAUCGGCGGGCGUGCGUCGGUGCCACUGUCGUCGUCUUCAUCGGGCACGCUCCGAAGCGCGCGACGGAGGAGCAUUCGCGGCUCGGCGCCCGGACUGCAGGACUUGACGGCGCCGGGCCCGAUGCACAGGAGCGCCGACGAGACGACGCUGCGCGGCCAUCAGACGCUGCGCAGCCGGAACUCAAAGUUCAACCGCCUCUCCCGCACCUUCUCGGCCACCAUCUCCAAGAACUGGACCACACCGACGACGAACAAACAAAGCCACAAAUAA